UACCAUAUAAUGUGGAUGGAGUCUGCUGUGGCUUGUUACGUCUUAAACGUCUUAAAAUGGGACGUUUUCUCAUCUAUUUCCAGUAUAUUGGAACAAGAUAUAGGGGUGUUGUUCGAGCAACCAGUCUUUCUGCUUCUGGGGAAAAAUUUGUUGGUGUACAAGAUGUAAUUGAAGGUGCUUUAGAUGAGCUGAAACCUGUGAUUCCUGUGAAGCUUCAUGUAUCUAGUAGAACAGAUACAGGUGUCCAUGCCUUGUGUAAUACAGCUCAUUUUGAUAUGAUCUUUAAGUCAAAGAGAACAGGUGAACCACGGGAUAUACUAGCUGAGAGCAUCACAGCAGCCGUCAACAAGAAACUUGAGGAUCAUGAUAUCAGAAUCAUCAAGACUCUUAGAGUUCAGGACAGCUUUCACAGCCAGCACCUUGCGAUGGGAAGAACAUACCUCUACCGGCUUGCCAUGGGAUGCAGACAGAUAGAGUUACCCGUCUUUGAAAAGAAUAGGAGUUGGGCCUUCGACCAAAGACUUGACAUCCCAUCAAUGAAGGAGGCAUCCGGGAGGUUUGUUGGUACCCAUGAUUUCACUGCCUUCAGGAACUCAAGUAUGGAUGAUGACAAGAAAUCCCCGAUCAAGACCAUCGACAUGAUUGAGUUCAGAAGAACACGAGGAUUCCUCUAUCAUCAUUGUAACAAGAUGGCUCAGUUAGAAUUCUUGGAGCUCACGUUUCACAGUAGAUCCUUCUUGUAUCGACAGAUUCGGAGAAUGACCGGAGCGUUAGUCGCUGUGGGUCUGGGUCGUAUAGCGCCCUCACACAUCACAACCAUCUUGGAAUCUCGCGACAACAGUCAUAUGCAUAGGACUACAAUGGCUCCAGCCCAUGGCUUGUAUCUCAAAGAAGUACUUUACAAUGAAAAUGAUCUCAUAUUACGCAAUGUCCCAUCUUCACCUACUGAAGACACAUCCAUUACCUGAGAAGACAUUCACAAGUGCGCGAGUAAGGGUGCUAUACCAAGGUAGAUUUCUCUUGUGUAACAUUUUUUGUAAAUGUGUAUUAAAGAAGAAAAAGGGCCUUCUGUGCAUCAGGUAUUCAUGGUAUUCAUUUUGUUUUAAUUGCAUAAUUGUCAUGAAUGGAAAGUACUGUCUGGUCAUGCAAUUACAUUUUGAGUGCAACUGUCUGAAAGCAGCUGAACAAUGUUGAUUAUGUCAUCCAUAAGAAUUUUAUAUAAAAUGUGAAUAUUUACAUGUAGGAAGAUAAAAUGAACCAAAAUCUACUAAUUCUUGCUCUAGAUCACAUGCUCUGCAUAUACAAAAUACCCAAAUGUAGCUCGAAAGUCGGUCCAAAUUUCAAUCAUAUA